CAGGCUUUGAGUGGAGGAAGGACCCUGCCACAGCAAGUGUGAGGCCAGCAGGGCUGCUGGGUUAAACAUGGCCAAUGUCACAGCUCAGCCUGGAGGGAUGGAGAGCACCCCGGCACUGAGUGGAGGAGCAGCCCUGCCACAGCAAGGAGCAGUAACAGCAGACCUUAAGGAAGUGCUGAGGAAGACCCUGGGGGACCUUACGGAUGCCGACUUUAAGACGUUUAAGCACCGCCUACGAGACCAGGGUAAAUUUGCAUGGGGAAAGCUGGAGAAGGCUGACAGAAACGAAACUGUGGAUUUGCUGGUGCAGACGUACCCCAUGGGAGCUGGGGGCGUCAUGGUGACCGUCUUGCAGAAGAUGAACCAAAACCAGUUGGCCAUGGACUUGGAGAGGGAUCUGGCCAAAUCAGUGUUCCAGCAGUGUUCCGCAAGUCUGACUGAAGGGGGUUUGGGUGCAGCAAAGUCAAAACUGAAAAAGAAGCUCAAAAAACAGUUGAGAACCAAGUUUUCUGCUGUACAUCAAGACAAUAAACUUCAAAAGAAAAAUCUUGACGAUAUUUAUACCGAUCUUUACAUUGUUGAGGGCUGCACAGGUGGGGUCAACACAACACACGAAGUGUCGACAGUUAACAUGAGAGAAAUUGGGAGAAGUUCAAGCUUAGACAAGCAUGUUCAGUGGGAAAACAUGUUCACCGACAGGAAGACAACAAAUCUUUUGACUUUGGGAAUUGCUGGUGUGGGGAAAACAGUUGCAAUGCAGAAGUUUGUUAUGGAUUGGACUGAAGGAAAAACAAAUACAGACGUUGACUUUGUUUUUGUUCUUCUGUUUCGAGAGCUGAACUUCUUAAGAAAAAACUACACAUUUCUUGAACUCCUCCUUGAAUUCUACACUGAACUGACAGAUUUGAGAGAUAUCCUGCAAUUCACUGAAUGCAACAUUAUUUUUGUCCUUGAUGGUCUGGACGAAAGCAGGCUCACGCUUAAAUUUGAAGAGUGCAUUAGUGAACUCGAUAAGAAGUCUUCUGUGGACAUCCUCAUGGCAAGUCUCAUUAAAGGCAAGGUACUGAACUCUGCACACAUCUGGGUUACAACCAGACCAGCAGCGGCCAGUCUGAUCCCAGAUGAGUGCUUCAACACGGUGACAGAGGUGCGGGGAUUCAAUGAUGACCAGAAAGAUCAGUUCUUUCACAAGAACAUAGACAAUCCUGAGAAAGCUGAUGAACUCAUUCUUCAUAUCAAGAAGAAUAAAAGCCUCCACAUCAUGUGUCACAUACCAGUAUUCUGCCGGAUUAUAGCCAGUGUGGUAGAUGAAAUACUGGCAGAUCAGAGCAAAGAAAAAAAAGGCAAAACUUUGACAGAAACAUACACACAGUAUUGUGUGUCUCAUAUGAAACGAAUGAAUGACAAACACUUGGACAAGAACAAGAUGAUGAGUGAAAAGAAAAAAGGACAGUUUCUCAUUAAACUUGGGAAACUGGCAUUCAACCAUCUGGAAAAAGGCACUCUGAUAUUCUAUGAGAAAGACUUCCAAGACUGUGGUAUUGAUGUCAAGUCUGGAGCAGUGCAGGCUGGAGUUUGUACAGAGAUUUUCAAAGAGGAGUAUGCUGUAGCUGAACAGAAAAUAUUCAGCUUUGUGCACCUAAGUGUACAAGAGUUCUUGGCAGCUCUUUAUGUUCUGCACAAAAAUGCAACUUGUUAUUUGAGAAACCGCAUCCCUGACACAUGGAGGAAGACGGACCACUGGCUGUAUUCACCCUCAAGGUUUGACCUUUACCAGAUUGCUGUGGACAAGGCCCUGCAGAGCCAGAAUGGACAUUUGGAUCUUUUUGUCCGCUUCCUCCUUGGCCUGGCUCCAAUGUUAGAGCCUCAAAUCAGGUUCCCCCUGAAUAAGCUGUUGCCACAGUUAGCAAUCAGAGAAACAAGCAUCGAGAACACAGUUCAAUACAUAAAAGAAGUGAUCAAGAGAGACUACCCACCAGAACGGACCAUCAACCUCUUCCACUGUUUGAAUGAGCUUGGGGACAACUCAUUGGUUGAGGAGAUCAAUGGGUACAUAAACUCAGCAGAUGAGAAUAAGAACCUGACUCCAGCCCAGUGUUCAGCUCUGGCUUAUCUGCUGCUCAUGUCGGCUACAGACAUGGAGGAGUUUGAUCUGAAGAAGUUCCUGAGAUCAGAGGAAGGGCUCCACAGAAUGCUCCCUGUAGUGAUGGUCUCAAGGAGAGUUUGGCUGAAUCAGUGUCAACUCACUAAAGCAAGCGGUAAACUGUUAGCAUCAGUGCUACAAAGGACACCUUCCCAUCUGAGAGAACUGGACAUGAGUGACAAUGACCUUCAGGAUAAAGGAGUGGACCCGCUUUUUGAAGCACUUGGAGAUCCACAGUGCAAGCUGGAGAUACUGAGACUUGCUGGUUGUAAGCUAACAGAGGAAUCUUGUAAGGCUGUAGCCUCUGCUUUGCAGUCAUUGGUCUCUCUGACAGAAUUGGACCUGAGUCACAAUGACCUGAAGGAUUCUGGAGUUCAGCUUCUCUCUAUAGGACUCAGUAGCCCUCACUGUAAACUGCAGACUUUAAGACUUGCUGGUUGUAAGCUAACAGGGAAAUCCUGUAAGGCUGUAGCCUCUGCUUUGCAGUCAUUGGUCUCUCUGACACAACUGGACCUGAGUGAUAAUGACCUGAAGGAUUCUGGAGUUCAGCUUCUCUCUACAGGACUCAGUAACACUCACUGUAAACUGCAGACUUUAAGACUGUCUGGCUGUCUCAUCACACAUGAGGGCUGUUCUUUCUUGUCCUCUGCCUUCAAAUCAAACCCCUCCUACCUGAAACAGCUGGAUCUGAGCUACAAUCACCCAGGAGACUCAGGUGUCAGAGAGCUCACAGACAGACUGGAUGAUCCCAACUGUAAACUAGAGACUUUCAGGUACGACCAUGGAGGAGAGUGCAGGAUUAUACCAGGACCCAGAAAAUAUGCCUGUGAGCUCACACUGGACCCAAACACAGCAUGUGAUGUUCUCUCUCUCUCUGAGGGGAACAGAAAGGUGACAGGUGUGAGUGAGUGGCAGCCGUAUCCUGACCACCCAGAGAGAUUUGACUCCCACAUUCAGGUGCUGUGUAGAGAGGGUCUGACUGGACGCUGCUACUGGGAGGCUGAGCUGAGUGGUGAUAAGACUAAUAUAGCAGUGGCCUAUAAGAGCAUCCAGAGGAAAGGAGAGAGUGAUGACAGGGCGUUUGGAUUUAAUGCCAAGUCCUGGAAACUGCAGUUUUCUGAUAACUGUUACUCUGCCUGGCACAAUAGUAAGUGGACUGCCAUACCUGCCCCCUACUCCAGCAGAGUAGGAGUGUACCUGGACUGGCCAGCAGGCACUCUGUCCUUCUACAGCGUCUCCUCUAACACACUCACCCACCUGCACACACUCCACUCCACAUUCACUGAGCCCCUCUAUCCUGGGUUUGCGCUUUGGCCUGACUCCUCAGUGUCCCUAUGCCAGAUCACAUGACCUCCUAAUCCUGCAGGAGAAGAGAGCCACACACUCCUGUUCAUACACUCGUGUUCAUACACUCCUGUGUGUGUCAUUGCUCCAUGAUGUUGAGGGACUGGAGGGCCGCUAGUGGGCAAAUGUGCGCGCUAAGCAGGGUAAGCCAAACCGGCCACCGAUACUGCGGCUAUAGGUAGGCUACGAGAUAGGCCUACGUGACUUACGGCCGCUCUUGUGUCAAAACGGACUGCGUUUCUGACCUUUUACUUUUUGAGCAUUUAAUACGAGUGGGAUGUCCAAGUUAGAAUGUGCCCACGGGGUCUGUAACCGGAUCCGGUCCAUACCGGCGGCGAAUAGGCUACAUCGGAGAGAGAGAGCGAGACCGCCUAUAUUUGGGCCAGUGCUUACACGCGCUAUAUUUGCAUGUGCAGCCUAUGUACACCGUGUGACGAGGCUCAAGUUGUGCCAGAGCAUUCGGAUCAUGUGUGUGUGCGUGUGUGUGUGUGUGUGUGUGUGUGCGCCACAGUGCGCGAGAGAGA